AUGACUUCCACCAUUGGCAUCCCGAUUAAGCUCCUCAAUGAGGCACAGGGUCACAUCAUCACCCUCGAAAUCACGUCGGGCCAAACAUACCGCGGCAAGCUCCUCGAAGCCGAGGACAACAUGAACGUCCAGCUCAAGGACAUCACCGUCACCGCCCGCGACGGCCGCGUCUCCCAUCUCGACCAGGUCUACAUCCGGGGCUCCCACGUGCGGUUCUUCAUCGUUCCCGACAUGCUGCGUAACGCGCCCAUGUUCCGUAGCCGCAACGUGCGAGGCAGAGGCGUUGGUUUGGCUAGAGGUCGUGCGACGGUGAGCCGUGCCCGUGCGAGCGGUGGACGCGGC